CCCUCCCCCUCUGGCUUUUUUCCUGGAUCAAUCUGCGGCACAUCUUGGCUCCACCCUGCCCUAUUACGUAGCCAGCUCCAGUCCUGCGGUUUCUACUGGCACCAAUCCGCCCGGCCUCUCCUUUUCCUGUGGUCUCGCUCUCGCUAUUGUACUGAGCGGAGUAGACUGCUGUGUAUCUGCUUGUCCCCUCGGCAGCACCCGUCCAGCCAGCCCGCACUGUACCUGGCCCAAUAUCAGCUGCCUACCACCUGCACGCCAAAGGUACUGUGUAUGUGGCACACACAACCACGCUGGGCGGAUCGGGUCUCAGCUGACCGGGAGCUGUGCCGAGCAGUCGGGGUGGCAGAGUUGUUAUCUACUAGCCACUGUCAGAUGACAGACAGACUGACUUACUGCGACCAUGGGGCCGCCUCUGCUAUAGUACGGAUACAGCCCAAGUCCCGUCGUGCCUAAGCUCCCACUACUUCCGAGACCAGACUGCCUUGGUGGUGUGUCGCCUCAUUGGGCCCUUGCUGGCCAUUGUCUCUGGCGAUCAUGAACUCUAACCAGCUGCCGGGAAUGCCCUCACACAUCAUCAGGAAGUGGCAUCACCCGUGCCCGGUUAAUCAAGCGGAUGCUCAUUUACCCAUGCCGUGGUUCUUCUCCCAGGCAUGGGCGUGGGGGCGUUGUUGUUGGCUGAUCGGAAGGGGUGCCCUCGGUUCAAUGGCUUGGUAAGGUCUCGAUCCGUCGCCCUUCUCCUUGUCCUCCUGCUCCAGCAUCCGCAGCAGUAGCAACAGCCGCGAAGAGAAACCCAAAACCCAAAACCCAAGCGGUCGGCGACAGCGACAUGGCUGCCAUCUUGUACAUAUGCAAGUGUGCUCCCCACGUUUUCCCCCUGGUGGUCUAGACCUUUCCACGGGAACAUCCAAGGUCCCUGACUUGCAAAGCUUAAGCGAAUCGCAGCCCGCCCAGGCACGCUUCCCGGAAUGGGACCCGUUCGCCCUCCAGGUGGUCCAAGGCGAUCUAGACCUCGAGAUCUCUCAAUCGCCCUGGCGGUACUCCGUACUUGGGAUGGCAAGCUGCCUGCUGCCGCAAGGGCCUUGUUGUUUGAGCCGUCUGUCUACUCCCCAGCAGCCCAGGUGGCCAUCCUGGCUGCCUGGCCAUCCGUGCCCUGCCCUGCCCUGCCCUAUCGUUUCCCCCUUCCCAUGGCUAACCCCCUUUCCCGACCACCGACCACUGAGCCUCUCGAGCCGUCCCUGGUUGACACGGGCUAACGGGUUGACACGCUCCUUCCAACAGGGUCGUCGUCAAUAA